GCUCUGAAGUCAAACCCCUCACAUCUGAAAGAGCUGGAUCUGAGUAACAAUGUCCUUAAGGAUUCAGGAGUGAAGCUGCUCUCUGCUAUGUUGGAUGAUCCACAAUGUAGACUGGAGACUCUGAGGCUGUCAUUCUGUGGAGUGAAGAAGAAAGGCUGUGAUUUGCUGGCCUCAACUCUGAUGUCAAACUCCUGCCACCUAAGAGAGCUUGACCUGAGUAACAAUGACCUGGGGAAUUCAGGAGUGAAGUGUCUCUCUUCUGGACUGGGAAAUCCACAUUGUAAACUGGAAACACUGAGGUUGUCAGGCUGUCUGGUCACAGAGGAAGGCUGUGGUUCUCUGGUAUCAGCUCUGAAUUCAAACCCCUCACAUCUGAAAGAACUGGAUCUGAGCUACAAUCACCCAGGAGACUUAGGAGUCAGACUGCUCUCUGCUGGGCUGGAGGAUCCACACUGGAGACUGGAGAAACUCAAGUAUGUCCUGUAGAUGUUUUCUGAAUCAGUAAUGUGGUAUUAAGUUGUCAUGUUGUUUAGCAUUAUGUAAUGUGUCAAAUACAGACCUGUCUACUUGUACUCUUGUUUAGCAUGAACAUAGUUUCAAAGUCAAUGUACACUGUGAUAUCAAGCUGGGUAACUUUGAAUUUGAGGAAAAGGCUAAUGCAGUGUGGUGGUAGUUAGUUCAGUGUGGCGGUAGUUAGUUCGGUCGUUUGGUAGUUAGUUUGUUCGCUUGGUAGAUAGUUUGGUCGCUUGGUAGAUAGUUUGGUCGCUUGGUAGAUAGUUUGGUCGCUUGGUAGAUAGUUUGGUCGCUUGGUAGAUAGUUUGGUCGCUUGGUAGUUAGUUUGGUCGCUUGGUAGUUAGUUCGGUCGCUUGGUAGUUAGUUCGGUCGGGUGGUAGUUAGUUCAUUGUGGUGUUAAUUUUGUGUUGGUUAAUUCAGUGUUCUUCACUGUGUGGAGGGAAACAUCUGAUUGGCUAAGAGAGAGCUGUUCAGGUAAUUCUGUUCUUCACUGAUUGUUUGAGAUUGAAAUGUUAUGAGGCCCAUGUUAACAUGUUAAGUCUUUUAUUAAUCAAAUGCAUCAAAUAACAUAGUAUCAUUCUGAACAAUGAUAUAAAUAUAUAAAGCAACAAUAAAAAUUCAC